GGAAAAAGAAAGACUUUUUCCUUUUUCUUUUGUUUUGUCCCGCUUACCCCCCCCCACUCUCUUUUUUUCCCUUUUUAUGUCUAUUGAUUAGACGUCAUUUCGGUUGCAUCGAACAAAAAAACGUUUGCACGAUAAAAAAGAAAAAGAAAAAGAAAAAAAGACGGAAAAUGGAAGAGAAAAAUGACUUGACAAUAAAAGAAAAAGACACAACUACCCUAAGCCAGCUCACAUAUGAUUUGGCUCGAUUCCCAACAAAAGAAACCAUCAAGAUGAUGACCUUUCUUUUAGAAAAGGUCAUCAAAGUCAAUGACAGGAUACAUCAACAACAACAAACGCACAAUAAUAACAACGAGAAUAACGAUGAUGACCGACAUGAUAUCAAUAGUAGUACCACGAGUUCAAGUCAUCAUCAUCGCCCCCAUCAUCAUCAUAAACGAACAACAUGCUUUCACGCACGCUCUAUACCAAACAUAUCUAUUUAUGCUUACCUGUCACGAAUCCUGAAAUAUUGUCCUUGCGCCAAUGAGUGUUUCUUGGCUACACUCGUCUAUUUUGAUCGCAUGUCAAAAGCGACCGAUACACGGCCUACCGCUGCCAUUCGCAUUGAUUCCUACAACAUUCAUCGCUUAAUCAUAUCCGGUGUCAUGGUCUCCAGUAAACUUUAUUCAGACGUCUUUUUCACAAAUACACGUUAUGCCAAGGUAAAAGUAAAAAAAAAAAAAAAAAACGAAGCGUAGGCGAAUGCAAAAAGAUGAAUAAUGACUUUAUUUUGUUAGGUUGGAGGGUUACCCGUCACC